AUGCCGGCCGUGUCCCGCUGGCUCGCCCCGCAGCCCCCCGCCAGCCGCGCCUGGCCACUUGGCGCCUGCUCCCAAACUUCCUGCUUCCUCGUCGCGCUGCUCUGCUCGCAGGUGGCCCGGGGCGGCCCGCGUCCCUUCGCGUCUCUCCGGCCGCCUCCUUGCCGAGAGAGCGAAGUGCUGCCAGCCACGCCGGAGCCGAGGAAGGAGGCAAGUGCACGAGAAGCAGAUCCCCGCUCCCUCCCGCCCGAGCCAGCCGCCGAGUCGGCAGCCAUCCCUGGGCCGGGCUUCAGCCGUGCCUGGGUGGGGCUUGGGGAGCGGAUUUCGGAGCGAGCCAGGAAAAAGGCCUCCGACGCCGCUGGGCGAGACGCGCUCUUUGCCUGGCUGAGCAGCCUGCCAGCCGCCGCCGCGAGAUGGGACCGGGUCGAGUUCCUGCAGCAGGAAGCUGGGCAGACGAUGGGCCGCGGCCAGGAGCGGGGCAGCAGCCAGGAGGCCUGCUCCUGCGACCGCGGAGCCCAAGCAGCAGAGUCUCUUGCCAGCCAGAAGAAGCAGAGCAGAGAAAAGAAGACCCAGGAUGCUGUGUCCACCCACUGCAGCUGGACCAAGUCUCUCUUGGGCUUUGAAAGGGCUGAUCUUUCUAGCUGGCAUCGCUUUGUCUGUUUGCUGAACAGGCCUACUGACCCUUCAAGCCUGGGAGUCUUCCGUUUCCUCUUUGGGCUGCUGAUGGCCUUGGACAUUCCGCAGGAGCGGGGCUUGAGCUACUUGGACCACAAAUACUUGGAUGGGCUGCAGGUGUGUCGCUUCCCCCUCUUCAACUUCCUGGAGCCACUGCCGCUGGACUGGAUGUACAUGGUCUACUUGGUAAUGCUGCUGGGUGCCUUGGGGGUGAUGUUGGGCUGCUUCUACCGGCUCAGCUGCCUGCUCUUCCUGCUGCCAUACUGGUAUAUCUUCUUCCUGGACAAAACAACCUGGAACAACCAUUCCUAUCUGUAUGGUCUGAUUGGCUUCCAGCUUACAGUCAUGAAUGCAAACCGCUACUGGUCCAUUGAUGGUUUCUGGAAUCCACGGAAGAGAAAUGCUCAUGUGCCCCUGUGGAACUACACAGUGCUGCGCUUCCAGAUCUUCAUUGUUUACUUCAUUGCGGGCAUCAAAAAACUGGAUGCUGAUUGGGUGGAAGGCUAUUCCAUGGGCUCUCUGGCAAAACAUUGGCUCUUCAGCCCAUUCAGGUUGGUGCUUUCCGAGGAGAUGACCAGCUUACUGGUGGUGCAUGGUGGAGGUUUGGCGCUGGACCUGACGGCUGGCUUCCUGCUCUUUUUUGAUGCCAGCCGCCCUGCUGCCCUCUUCUUUGUCUCCUACUUCCACUGUAUGAACUCUCAGCUUUUUAGCAUUGGGAUGUUUUCCUAUACCAUGUUGGCCACCAGCAUCCUCUUCUGUUACCCUGAUUGGCCACGCCGCCUGAUUGCCAAGCUUCCAGCCUUCUUGCAAAAGUUCCUGCCCUCAACAGAUCCUCCACAGCCCAGCCAGGAGUGUGUGUAUAGAGAAACAGGGCAGCAGAGGUUGGGCAGAACAACUCGGAAGGUGGGGCUGCGACAUACGUUUGGAGCCAUCUUUACAGUGUUGUAUGUGGUAGAGCAGUUCUUCCUGCCUUACUCACACUUCAUCACCCAGGGCUAUAACAAUUGGACCAAUGGACUGUACGGCUAUUCGUGGGACAUGAUGGUCCAUUCGCGCUCCCACCAACAUGUGAAGAUUACAUACCGGGAUGGUCUCACUGGAGAGCUCGGCUAUCUGAACCCUGGGGUGUUCACUCAGAGCCGGCGCUGGAAGGACCAUGCAGAUAUGCUGAAACAGUAUGCCACCUGUCUCAGUCACUUGUUGCAGAACUACAACAUUUCUCAGCCAGAGAUCUACUUUGACAUCUGGGUCUCCAUCAAUGACCGCUUCCAGCAGAGACUCUUUGACCCACACAUGGACAUCGUGCAGGCUGAGUGGUCACCCUUCAAAAAGACACCAUGGCUGAAGCCUCUUUUGGUUGACUUGUCACCCUGGCGGGCAAAGCUGCAGGAGAUCGAGAAGUCACUGGACAACCAGACUGAGGUGGUCUUCAUUGCAGACUUCCCAGGUCUGCACCUUGAGAACUUUGUCAGUGAGGACCUCGGCAACACCAGCCUCCACUUGCUGAAGGGGGAAGUGGCUGUGGAGAUUGUCAAUAAGCAGAUGAAUUAUACACUGCGGGAAGGAGAUAGAAUACAGUUGCCAGCUGGUGAAUACCAUAAAGUCUUCACGGUGUCCCAAGAGCCCUCCUGCUACAUGUAUAUCUACGUCAACACCACCGAAGCAGCCCUUGAGCAGAACUUCACUCGACUUCAGGUUCUGCGGGAGAAGGUGCAGAAUGGGAGCGAAACCGAGCCUCUCCCCCCAGAGCUGCAACCCAUCUUAGACGGCUCCCUGGAAAACGUGAGCCAGACAGACCCUGUUGUUGAGGCUUUCCUUCGGCGGGAGCGGCGUAUGGAAGAGCUGCAGAAGCGGCGCAAUGCCACGCUGGCGGAGCGUUUCAACCGUUUCACCACCAAGAAGUAUUUCAUCUUCCGAAGGAGCCUUCUGAUGACCUGGAUCUCCCUACGGAACUUAAUCUUGGGACGCCCCUCCCUGGACCAGCUAGCACAGGAGGUGGCCUAUGCCAAUAUGCAGUAUGACGUGGACUCUACUGUGAGCAGCCAGGACACAUCCCCAAAAGAGCCGGAGCGCUCUGAUCUCUGAACUACCUCAGCCAGCCUCCUGGGCUCAUCGCACAGUGGAGCCAAGUGGAACUC